AUGUCAGGAAUGGAGGUUGAAUCUUUUGAGAAAUUUGGUCCACAAUACUUUAAUUAUAUCACUACAACAGCUAACGAAAAGAGACCGAUAACAUUAGCUAAAAUAGUGGGAGUGUUUAGAAUAGGUUUCAGAAAUACUCUUACUAAUUCAGCUAAUAAACAGGAUCUGUUGGUGGUUGAAAAUCUCUUUUAUAAUCGUAAAAUAUCUCAGAAAUUUGAUCUGAAAGGAUCCAUGAGAAACCGGCUAGUAAAUACUUCAGGGAAAAGAGAAGAGGAACUCGUUCUUUUAGAUGAAAACCUACUCAAAUUGAGUGUUGAUUCUCCACUAUAUAUUAGGCCCCAUUCUAAAACAGUAUUAAAAACAGCUAUAACAUCUGAUUCCCAGUUCCUAUCUAAUAAUCUAGUCAUGGAUUAUUCUUUGAUAGUUGGUUUAGAUGAGAUCAACCAGGAACUAGUAGUUGGUAUUAUAGAUUACAUCCGAACGUUUACAUGGGAUAAAAAAUUAGAAAUGGUAUUUAAAUCAUCAGGUUUGAUGGGUGGCCAUGGUAAAAUGCCUACUGUAGUAUCACCUCAGUUAUAUCGUAGUAGAUUCCUGGAAGCUAUGGAGAGGUAUUUCCUUCAUGUACCAGACCAAUGGAGUGGGCUAGGAAAAGGUGAAAUUUAA